UUCUAAAAAUUUCAAAAUUAAAUUUAGGGGCUUAUGACUCACUGUUUAGCAAUCUGAACCAGUGAAUUCGACUGCUUGCGUGAAUUCGUGUGUUUGCUCAUCGUUCCGAUCCAUUCUCAUUCCUCAUCACUCUAGUCGAUCGGAGUUUCCUUACAUUUUUUCUUUUUCUUUUUUGAACGAGAUUGGAGCUUCCUUCCAUACAUGUAAGUCCUAAUUUGCUCAUCUUUACAUGCUUUCUAUAUAUACUCAAAACCGUCCAUAUUCAUACCCUAAUAACAAUCAACUCUUACCACAGUGAAUGGCAAGACCUCCGCAAUCUCUCACAACCCUCUUCCUCCGCCACCAAAACCAUCGCUCCAUCCAAAACCUCAACCCCCAAAUCCGAAACCUCUGCCUCAGCAAUGGCGGCGAAGAAUUUCUUCAGACCCAUCAACAGCCGAAGACCCAGGGCUUAACCCAGAUCGCUAAAGAGGUUUCGAGGGUCAUUCGGACUCGACCCAGAUGGGAACAAACUCUACUCUCAGAUUUUCCCUCAAUCAAUCUCUUCGAUCCCAACAUUUUUAUUGAGCUUUGGAAGCAGCAAAACAAUGUGCUUCUUUCUCUCCGUUUCUAUCUUUGGCUAAGCUCUCAAUGUAGCUUUGUACCGGAUAAAUUGGCGUGUGAUGUGAUUUUUGAUGGUCUUGUAGAAGCUAAAGCUGCCAAUGCUGCGAAAUCGUUUUUGACUUCUGUAGAUUUUACUCCUCAACCUGCUUCUUUAGAGGCUUAUGUUAGAUGUCUGUGUGAAAAUGGGUCAAUUGAGGAAGCACUGAAGGUGUUUGAUGAAUUGCAAAAGCUUGGUAUUUGCCCGUUGUUAGAAACAUGGAAUUCGGCUUUGUUGGGUUCGGUUAGAGCUAGGCGAACCGAUGUUGUUUGGAAGUUGUAUGAAGAGAUGAUGGGUAGUGGUGUUGCAGGGGAUGUGGAUACAGUUGAGUAUUUGAUUCAAGCUUUUUGUAUUGAUAACAAUGUUUUGAAAGGUUUUGGGCUUCUUAGGCAAGUUUUGGAAGAUGGGUUUGUUCCCAGUAAUGUUGCUUUUAAUAAAUUGAUAUCUGGAUUUUGCAAGGAUAGAUACUAUUCGAGAGUGUCUGCUCUCCUUCAUACUAUGAUUGCAAAGAACCAACGCCCUGAUAUCUUUACGUAUCAGGAAAUUAUCAGAGAGCUAUGCAAGAGAAGAAUGCGGCAUGAAGGAUUUCGGAUUUUCAAUGAUUUAAAGGAUAGAGGGUAUGCUCCGGAUAGGGUCAUGUACACAACGAUGAUACAUGGUCUUUGCAAGAUGAAAUGGAUUGGGGAGGCUCGGAAGCUUUGGUUUGAGAUGGUUCACAAAGGAAUAGUUCCAAAUGAAUACACGUACAAUGCAUUCAUUUAUGGGUUAUGUAGGAUUGGUAAUCUCAAAGAGGCGAAGGAGUUGUACAAUGAAAUGUGUUGUAAAGGUUAUAAAGAGACCACAGUGAGUUGCAACACUAUGAUCAGAGGGCUGUGUUUGCAUGGAAGAACAGAGGAAGCUCAUGUGUUGUUUCAAGAAAUGGCUGAGAAGGGAAUUGCUCGUGAUAUUAUCACGUACAAUUCUUUGAUUCAGGGUUUCUGCAAGGAAGGGAAAAUAGAUGAAAGUAUAAAUCUUUUGGCUGAACUUUUAGAGAAGGGUAUGCAACCUUCAGCUGCUACUUAUACUGCCCUCAUAGAAAAACUUUGUGAGAUGGGUGAUGUGGAUGAAGCAAAAGAGUUGUGGGAGGAUAUGCAGAAUAGGGGCGUGGAACCAGCAGUAUGUACUCAUGAUUUCAUCAUAACUGGAUUGAGCAAUAAAGGGUAUGUAGCCGAGGGGAUGGAAUGGUUGGCUGCAAUGUUGAGACGUAACCUCAAACCGCAAAAGCAAACUUUUGAGAGACUAAUUCAAUGUCUAUCACAAGGAGAUAAGCUGGAUGAGGCUAUACUUGUGUUGGAUUAUAUGUUUAGCAUAGGUUACACGCUCCGUGAAUGUAUUUGCCGUUCUCUGGUUGAUAAACUAUGUGAACAGAAUUCCGAACAUGUUGAGACAUGUCUAGGUGGUAUUCUGCAGAAAGAUACUGCAGCAUCUGAGGUCUUCUAGGCACUUUUUUAUUUAUUUUCUUAUAUUAUCAUCAAUUUACAGGACUAUGUUGUGCUUGUUAUACAUUUUUGUAUGAAAAAUAUCAUCCAAAGUUGUGCCAAUUCUUUGCAUUAUUGUUUGUUACAUGAGGAUGGUCUCGCUGAUAUAAUGAAUAUUUAUAAUGCUAACUUUGUGGUCUCUUUUUGGGUUGACCUAUCUCAUAGUGCACAUGUAUUCUGUGACCAUCUUGCUAUACGAACUAGCAAUUAUUAUAUGAAUCCAUUAAAACAACACAAGCUUUUUGUUUACCAAUGACUUCCUUGGUUUCUGGGAAAAAUUUUGAAACGUACCUGGCUGGCAGUAUUGUCAUAUUCUACAUGCGCUUUGUCAUAUUUUACAUGCGCUUUCAGCCUUCUUAACUAGCGACUGUGGUCAAUAAGAUAAGACCGUAUAACAUCCCUGAGAAAAUAUGAGAAAAUGUGUGUUUGCGUUUAUUUAUGAAGUCGUGCAUACUGUCAACUUCACGCUGAAGAUUGUGAAUUGUAUUGUAUUGUAUUUGUAUUUUAUAUUCUCAAUUAGGGGUAAUUUAGUCUUCUAGGUUAUUAUGGUUUAUUCUAUAAGUUUAUAUAUUUUGUACUUAGCUUUGGUUUUAAUCAAUUUCAAAAAGCAGAAUUCCUUUUCUCAGUUAUCAUGGUAUCAGAGCAAGGUUACAAACAUUAGCAUACCUGCCGCAAGUCAUCAUCGACCAUUGCAACUGUCUCUCUUUCAUCGCAAGGCCAUCGCAGCUCGUUCUCUCUCUUCACAAGGUCGUUGCAAGGCUUCGCUCGGAUUCUCUUCUUCGCACAUCGAAGCAGUUCGUCUCACACUUGCUGGUUCUGGUUCUGGUUCAAUCGAAACCCUAGGAAGCCUUCAUCGCUGGUCUCUGAUCCUUCGUCACUGGUCUCUGGUUCAUUCGGAAACCUAGGUUGGGUAUCUCACUGAUCUUCUCUCUGUUUCGACCUAUCUUUAUCUCUGUUUGGUUCAGUUGAGGAGGAAGAGAAUGACGAGGACCAAACAGGUCAUUAAUGUCUCUCUCUCUCUCUUCUCUGCUGCCUUUCAUCCUGUUUUGAAUUCACUGCGUAGUUUGGGUAUAGCAAUAUGGCUGAUGAUAAAUUGCAAGCUAUCACUACUAAGUUGGAUGGUACCAAUUAUUCUUAUUGGUCUCAUGUAAUGAAAAUUUUUAUAAUGGGUGCAUGUGGAACUAUGUUAUUGGUGUAACAAUUAGACCUAUGGAAUUCCAAGAAACUGAGGCUAAUGUUGCUAAAUGGGAUAAGGGAAAUGCAUAAAUUCUUACUUGGUUUCAUAAUUUAGUUCAAACUACCAUUGGUAUGAAUUUUUCGAAGUAUUCUACUUCUAAAUAAGUUUGGGACUAUUUGAAAACUAUGUACCUUGAGUCUAACUUUGCAAAACAGUAUGAACUUGAGAUGUCUAUUCACAAUUCAGGAAUUCUACAAUGAGAUGACAACUUAUUGGGAUCAACUUGCUUUAAUGGAACCAUCAGAUUUGCAAUUACUUGAUAGUUAUACCAAGUAUCGGGAGAAGCAACGUCUUGUUCGGUCUCUUAUGGCCCUUCAUGAUCAAUUUGAGCCACUUCGGGGAGCUAUUCUUCAUCGGUCCCCCUUGCCUUUUGUUGAUGGUGCUAUUCAUGAGCUUAUUGCGGAAAAAACUCGGUUCAAGGUGGCUCAUGGUGCUCUUGCCUCCCAGUUAGUUUUUGCCACUCCUCCACUCUUGCCUACCCCACCAUCUCAUUUAUUUCAAGUUAUUGGUAAGCCCAAGCCUCGAGUUUCCAUGGAUGAGUGCAGCUUCUGUCAUCAGAAAGGUCAUUGGAAACAUGCUUGUCCUAAACUUUUGCAGCCCAAGGGUCGUUCAUCUGGUCCACCAUCCUCUAAGCCAACAUCUUCAGGAUUUCGCUCAUCUGCCGCCUUCUCUGCACCAGUUUUUGAGAACGAUCUGUCUUCCAAUAUACAGUCUAUGUUUGAGCAAUUCAAGUCUUUCAUGGUGGCCAAUCCAAAUUUUUCGUCCCAAGCCUCCGCUAUGACUACCACUCAGUUAGGUUUGUCUGGUUCAUCAUCUUCAGGAUCGGGUAUCCAAGAGGCAGAUUGGAAUCGGGCGUAGAGUUGGAGAACUAUAUAUCUUGGACAGCUUGCAUGUUCCUCUAAAAGUGUCUUCUACUGCAUUGUCUUCUUUUUAUUUAAACAAUAAGUCUUCUUUAUUUUAUAUUUGGCAUUCUAAGUUAGGUCAUCUGUCGAGUGAUCGUUUGAGGAUGUUAGUCCGGUCUGGACAUUUAGGCAAUUUUCCCAUUGAUGAUAUUUCUGAGUGUCGUGGUUGUAAAAUGGCUAAAAUGUCUGCUCUUCCUUUUAGUAAAAGUAGUUCUAUUUCUUCUUCUCAUUUUCAAUUGGUUCAUACUGAUGUUUGGGGUCCUUCCCCUAUAGUUACCAAGGGUGGUUCACAAUAUUAUGUGUCUUUUGUGGAUGAUUACAGUCGGUUUACCUGGGUAUAUUUGAUGACUCGAAAAUCUGAUUUUUACAAAAUAUAUUCUAAUUUUCACUCCAGGGUUCGCACUCAGUUUUCUACCACCGUUAAAGUUCUCCAUUCUGAUUUGGGAGGUGAGUAUUACUUGUCCGAGUUUGAGGAGUUUUUAGCCACUCAUGCCACUAUUCAUCAGUCUUCAUGUUCUGACACUCCUGCCCAAAAUGGUCGAGCUGAGUGCAAACAUCGCCAUCUCCGUGAUACAACUCGUUCUUUGUUGCUCUCGUCUUUUGUCCCUUCUGUCUUUUGGGGAGAAGCUGUGCUCACUGCUGCAUAUCUUCUCAAUCAGAUGCCUACUCCUCUUCUUUCUAGCUCAUCCCCGUAUGAGCGUCUUUUUGGUGUUACUCCUAAUUAUUCUCUUUUGCGUAUUUUCGGUUCUGCAUGCUUUGUGCUCCUUCCUAAACGGGCACGCUCUGAGCUUAGUUCUCGUUGUGUCCUAUGUGUCUUAUUAGGGUAUGGCAUUAAUCAGAAAGGUUAUCGAUGCUAUGAUCCUGCCGCCAAAAAAGCUAUAUGUGUCUAGGCAUGUCACAUUUUUAGAAAAAUUACCCUACUACACUAUGCAUUCCACCCCUGUUCCUCUUAUCAAGGAUGAAUUGGUUCAUGUUGACCCAUUUCCUCAAGAUGUUUCUCCCGAUGAGUUUGUUUCUAAUCUUGAGGUCUCUACCUUGCUUCUUACUAACACUUCUGAUAUCUCGCCAGCUCCCUCUCCAGCUCCUGCUUCCCCUGCUCCUCUUCUUGUUUAUCAGCGCUGCAAAACACUUCCGAGCUCGCCUGUGUCUAGAUCUACUGUCCCUCCAACUGUUUCUUUGGAUCUUGUUCCUCUUGCACAUUGCUUUCCAAGGCGAGACCGUCAUCCUCCGAACUUGUAUGGUUUUGGUAAUACAUGUUUGUCCCUUUCCUAUCAGUCUUUUCUUUCUUGUCUUCAUAUUUAUUUUGAGCCCAGGUCGUACAAGGAAGCUUGCAAUGAAUGACGAGUUAACUGCUUUGGCUAACACUCAGACUUGGGAUUUGGUUCCAUUUCCUGCUGGUAAGAAUGUUGUAGGCUGUAAAUGGGUGUAUAAGGUCUAAACUCUUUCUGAUGGUUCUUUAGAACAGUAUAAAGCUCGUUUGGUGGCCCAGGGUUUUUCUUAGGAGUAUGGGAUUGAUUACGAUGAGACUUUUGGCCCCGUUGCCAAGAUGACUACUGUUCGCACUCUUAUUUUUGUUGCUGCUGCCCAUCAAUGGUCUUUGUUUCAACUUGAUGUCAAAAACGCCUUUUUGAAUGGGCAUCUUGCUGAAGAAGUGUAUAUGCGUGCUCCACCGGGUCUUUCUCACCCUCGUGGUGUUGUUUGUCGUCUUCGCUGUGCUCUAUAUGGUCUCAAGCAGUCUCCUCGUGCUUGGUAUGAGCGAUUUCACUCUGUUGCACUUCAACUUGGAUUUCGCUCUAGUCAUCAUGAUUGUGCUGUAUUUGUUCGGCGCACUUCUAUUGGCCUUGUUCUCCUUCUCUUGUAUGUGGAUGAUAUGAUCAUCACUGGCUCUGAUUCUAGUACUAUUGAGGAGGUUAAGCAUCAGUUGUUUCAGGAGUUCGAGAUGAAGGAUUUGGGGUCUCUUCAAUAUUUUCUUGGUAUUGAGGUUGCUACUUCUCCUACUGAGUAUUUUCUCUCUCAAACUAAAUAUAUCUAUUAUCUAUGAUAUUCUUUCUCGUGUCAAUCUCACUAAUGACAAAAUUAUCGACACUCCUAUUGAGUUGCAUGCUAAGUUUUCUGCUUCUGAUGGCAUUCCUCUUGAGGAUCCCACUUUGUAUCGCGAGUUGGUUGGUUGUCUUGUUUAUCUCACUGUUACUCGUCCGGAUAUCUCAUAUGUUGUGUAUAUUCUCAGUCAGUUUGUUUCUGCUACUCGUUCUACGCACUGGGCUGCCUUACUUCGUACUUUGCGCUACCUUCGUGGCACUUUGUUGCAAUGUCUGCUGUUAUCUGCGUCUUCGGACUUGUCUCUUCGUGCCUAUGUUGAUGCUGAUUGGGCAGGUGAUGUCUCUGAGCGCAAAUCCACUUCUGGUCUUUGUGUUUUUCUCAGAGAUUCUCUCAUAUCUUGGAAGUGUAAGAAAAAGUCUGUUGUUGCUCGUUCCGCCGCUGAGGCUGAAUAUCGCGCCAUGGCUCAUGCUACUUCUGAGAUCGUUUGGCUUCAGUGACUUCUUUCUGAUAUGGGUGUCUCCCUUUCUGAUCCGACUCCAUUGUAUUGUGAUAAUCAGAGUGCUGUCCAGAUUACCCAUAAUUCAGUCUUCCAUGAGCGGAUUAAGCAUGUUGAAAUAGAUUGUCACUUUGUUAGACAGCAUCUUUAGGCUGGCACUAUUAUUCUCCCUUUUGUUCCCUCCUCUCUUCAGUUGGCCGAUUUCUUUACGAAGACUCACACUGUUGCUCGUUUUCGUUUUUUUCUUAGCAAAUUUCGAUACUUUUUGCCCUCGCAUCCUCAGUUUGAGGGGGGGUGUGAAUUGUAUUGUAUUUGUAUUUUAUAUUCUCAAUUAAGGGUAAUUUAGUCUUCUAGGUUAUCAGGGUUUAUUAUGUUCUCAAUUGAGGGUAAUUUAGUCUUUUAGGUUAUUAGGGUUUACUCUAUGAGUUUAUAUAUUUUGUACUUAGCUUUGGUUUUAAUCAAUUUCAAAAAACAGAAUUCCUCUUCUCAGUUAUCAAAGAUAACAAUAACUAAACCUUCUCACACUUCAACUUAUAGUCGUCAAGACUUCGAAUAAAAAUUAGAUGCAAAGACUUGUUUCAGAAUUAACGUUAACAGGGGAAAUAAAGCAAGCAGCAGGGUAUACGAAUAGGCUAACAUCAUUAGUAAUAUCUGGGAUAGAAGUUUCACUUUCUAUUUGAAAUGCAUUAGCUCUGCUGAAGAUUUGAUUGUGACCAUGGAUGCAUGACCCCUUUUCAGUUGAGCUAAAUAAUAUACAAAGUGCCAAGUCUUCAGGUUUCCAUUCAUUCUUUGGUUGCAACCAAAUGAUACAAACAGUUGUUGUUGUUGUUGUUAUUUCCACUUCUGAAAAUAUCUGGAGAAAUGUCUACAUUGAACGUUGUUGUAAUGAUGCAAUCAAAAAGCAGAAAUUUGGAGAGUUUCUUCACCGAUCAACUGUCCGGUGAAUGGCCGGUGAAUCACUGAUCAAAGAGCAAUCAGUCACCAGUUUUACUUGGUUGCUUUAUCCAUGGCUUUGGAGACGAGAUUUUCAGGAUCAAGAACCUCCCAAGAAAUCUCUGGGGUGUUUGUGUAAUUUAACGUGUAUAUUUAGGCAAAAUAAGGGGUAUUUUUAUAAUUUUAGAAAAAUCUAGAAGCGCGACUGCAUUAAUGAGUAACCUCUGGGGCGUUUGUGUACGGGUUCGAGACCCUGAGCACGAAGGGGGACAUAGAGGAGGGAACACUGUAUCCUAGAUCUCUACAAUUUUACUAUUUGUUUGAUUUAUAAAAUUGGGAUAUUUUUAAAGGAUUGAAUUGGAAUUUUGGCUUGGUUAUUCUUUGACUUCCUUUUAUACUUCUUCUUCUUUUCUUUUUUCUUUUUUGUGGCUUAGUUUUUUCUCUUGAUCAUUUGGGGUUUUGACUCUCUUUUUUUAAUUAUUAUAAAAUUUUGUGGUGUUCUCUGGUUCAUAGUUACUUGUUUAUUGCUGGUAAUUGCUAUAGAAUAGAAGUAUUGGGUUAUGUAUAUAUGUAUCUAUGUAUGUACUAUAUUACUCUUCUGCAUUAGUUAGCUUUGUGUCUACUAUAUCUCAUCUUUUUUGGGAUCUGCUAAAGAAAAAUGCUCUGUAACCAUGAUUUUUGCCCCAAAAUUUAUCCCGAAAAUGAGACGGUGGACGGUGUAAAUUUAAAGUUGGUAGGAUGCGAAGCAUUUUUUUAGAUAAUUUUUAUGGGUACGUAGUAUUGUUGGCUUAACGAUGGGCACGGGAUUAGGAUUAGUAUGGUUUCCGUGCUGAUGACAAGUAACAAACACAACCUCCGUGGUGAUGAAUUAAAGUUUUAAGGCAAAAAAAUUUGGCAUUAAUGAUGAGCGGUCACCAUUCACUUAAAAGAAUUCUUCUUGGCUUUACAUGUCUAGUUUUGAAUACUAACAUGCAAGUCUCAUUAAAAUGCGGUGCUGUGGCCUAUGUAUGUGUAUCGGCAAGCAUCCACUGAACUUGAUUAUCCUUGGACUCUAUACCGUGUGACUGAGUCUCACUGUUGGUGUAAGUUGUGCCAAUACAGAUGGCUGAUAGUUUCUUGCAAACUGCUUAAAAUCUUAAUGGGUGAAAUGUUGACUGCAUGAUGAUUGCAUGAAACUAUUGUGUGAUAUCUUUUUGCAUUGGGAGUUUUUAUAGGAAAAAUUGUGCUUGAAGCCCUAAUAUUGACGUCAGAUUUGGUAGCCUCCUUGCUAGUUUUACCAAACCACUGGUCUACCGGCUAGCGCAAUUUUUUCACAAAUUUUUGUCUUGAGGUGGUUCAUUCGGGGAGACAUCUAGGAGACAUCCAGUGGUGAAAAUCCAACGGUAAUGAAUAGUAAUUUGAUGAAAGGCACAAUGAUUCUCAGUUUGAUGAAAGAAAAGUAAAAUUCUGGAUUUGAUACGUAUUUGAUGAAACCAUUGGAGCAGGAAAAGAAGCUAUUUUUCCUCAAAUUUGAACUUGAUGAUAGUUUUGAAUAACCAUUCAGCUG